AUUGACAAAUCAUAAGAUGUUAUUAAAAUUAUAUUGAAUUAAUUUAUAUAUCCAAAAGAUUUCUAGGUUUUAUUCAGAAAUCAAGAGUGUUAAAAUAAGAUUAAACGCAAAAUACCAUGGACGGAAAUAAAGAUGAAGCUGAAAGAUGUAUUCAAUUAGCUGAGAAAUAUGUGAAAGAAAACAAUCGGGAAAAAGCAGAAAAAUUCCUUCACAAAGCUGAACGUCUAUUUCCGACACAAAAGGCUAAGGAUCUCCUUGUACGAGUAAGUUUGAUGUCUAAUAUAUCAGAAACACAGCUACCAAGAAAACGGAAAGUGAGCCCUAAAAAUGAGGACAUUCCUAAGACAAUUGAUUACACUCCAGAUCAAGUGGAGGCUGUUAAAAGAAUAAAGAAAUGUAAGGAUUAUUAUGAAAUUUUAGGUGUCAGUAAAGAUGCUACUGACUCGGACAUAAAGAAAGCUUACAAAAAAUUGGCACUACAGUUUCAUCCUGACAAAAACAAAGCCCCAGGAUCUGCAGAAGCGUUCAAAGCAAUAGGAAAUGCUGUUGCUAUAUUGACGGAUGUUGAAAAACGUAAACAAUAUGAUCUGUAUGGUAAUGAUGAGGAUAGAAUGGCAAAGAACUCUCGUUUCCAUUCACAUUCAUUCACUAGGGGUUUUGAAGCAGAAGCUACUCCUGAAGAUUUAUUCAAUAUGUUCUUUGGAGGUGGCUUAGGAGGUUCUAAUGUUUACGUUAGAAGGGAUGGACGCUGGCAAAGACAGACCUCUAAUCAUCAUGAAAACCAUAGGCAAAGGAAUGAGCAAGGUGGAUAUGGCGCUUUUCUACAAUUGCUACCAAUUAUAUUGGCAAUUGUUUUAUCUAUGGCAUCUAGUUUUAUUAUAUCUGACCCACAUUAUAGUCUACAGUCCAAUUCGAAGUAUUCGGUUCACAGGACCACCCAAAGUUUGAAAAUCCCCUACUAUGUGAAGAAGAACUUCCCUACUGAAUAUCAGGGUUCCGUUCAGAGGCUGGAACUGUCUGUAGAAGAGGAAUAUGUGACUGGUCUACAGCAUGCUUGCUAUAGGGAGAAAAAUUACCGUGAUUCGAUGAUUUGGAAGGCUAGGAAUUUUGGAGAUAAGGACCUAUUCCAAAGUGCUCAGAAUAUACCACUUCAUUCUUGUCGAAAACUCGAAGAUUUGAGACGUCAUGGAUAAGCAGGCGACUUGGAACAUGAUGAAACUAUGUGUAACUUUCAACAUGUUUUUUAUAAUUCAACAAUAAUAAAUUGAUUCUCUGUAGUUAAAUCAAGGGUUAUUAUUCAAUUCGAAGAGAUUUUUGCAAUAUGGAACUUUUAAUAGAUCGAAAAAUUAUAGUUUUGUGAUUGCUAUUGAGUUUGUAAAGAAGUAUUCCUCAAGUACACAAGAACUAUUGUUGGAUGUUUGCAAUAAUAUAGGAUAUGUUUUAGGAUAUUGGCUAGUCAUUCAAGUUAACUUUAAUUCCUAUAUUAGAGAGCUUCUCACAAUGUAUUCAACAUUUUAUUGUUAUUCAUUUUUGGUAUAUAUUUAAGUUAUAAUAAAUUAUUGUUGGUA